AUGGCACUGAUCAUUGCCCUGAUGAUAGCACUGGCCUGCCAUGCGCAGGCCAAGGCUGUCUUUGCACACUUUAUGGUCGCGAACAGUGAGAACUUUACCCUCGAUAAUUGGAGAGAAGACAUCCGAUCAGCCCAAGCGGCCAAGAUCGACGCCUUCGCGUUGAAUACAGGCUACGGCGGCCUCUACACAGGACAGCUUUUGAAUGAUGCCUUUACGGUGGCUGCGGAGCUCGACUUCAAGCUCUUCCUCUCGCUUGACUACUCUGGUGACGGCCACUGGCCCCAAGACCAGGUCAUCAAGUGGCUAGGAAACUACACCAAGCUCCCGGCGUACUACAAACACAACAACGAGACGCCGCUGGUGUCGACCUUUGAGGGCUACGAGGCACAAGGGGACUGGGUGAAUAUCAAGAAGAAAGUCGACUGCUUUUUCGUCCCGGACUGGUCGAGCAUUAUGCCGGAGAAGCUGGCGUCCUCGACUGUGACGGACGGGUUGAUGAGCUGGAGCGCGUGGCCGGACGGCACGGCGGCCAUGAAUACAUCGAUGGACGAGCGCUACCUGGCCGCGCUGAAAUCCUCCAACGGCACCGACAAGCCCUACAUCAUGCCCGUCUCCCCCUGGUUCUACGCCAACAUGGUGCGCUAUAACAAGAACUGGGUCUGGCAGGGCGACGAUCUGUGGUACACGCGCUGGAAGCAGGUCUACGAGAUUGACCCGGAGUACGUGGAGAUCUUGACGUGGAACGACGUCGGUGAGUCGCACUACAUCGGGCCCAUCCACGAACUUGACCUGGGGACCUUUGUCUCCGGCGGCGCCCCUUUUGACUACGCCAUCGGCAUGCCGCACGACGGCUGGCGCGCCUUCUUGCCCUAUGUGGUGGAUGAGUAUAAGAACGGCCAAGGCAGCGCCACCAUCGAGGAGGAAGGUCUGGUCACCUGGUACCGCCUCUCGCCGUCGUGGGCGUGCUCUGCCGGCAAAACCACGGGCAACACGGCGACGCAGGGGCAGACCACCCUCCCACCGGGCGAGGUGCUGAAGGACGCGAUCUUCUUCUCGGCGCUCCUCGAAUCCGCCGCCGACGUGUUCGUCAGUAUCGACGGCAAGGCCGAGUCGGUUGACUGGUCCGACACUCCCGACGGCAGCGGCAAGGGCAUCUACUUCGGCUCAGUUCCGAUGGACAACCGCACCGGCGAGGUCAUUGUCACCCUCUCACGCGGCGGCCACGAGCUGACCCGCGUGCUGGGGCAGCCCAUCACCACGAUCUGCGGCAACAAUAACAUGACCAAUUGGAACGCUUGGGUAGGGAGCAACAUGACCAACUCAUCGGCAGCCAACUCCAGCGCCAGUGAUUCCUCCGGCGAUAAGGAAUCCAGCGCCUGGACGAUGCGCUCGGAGUUGAGGGGGUUGCUGAUCCCCGCGCUGAUCGUCGGCGUCUGUCUGGGGUGGGUAAUAUGA